GCUACCCAGCCCGCAUCCCCCGUGCCCACUACUGCCCAAAUGUCCCCUAAGGUCACUCGCUCCCGUCGCCACGCCUCUGGCGUCGAGAACGCCAACCCCUACAGCGCUUCUUUCUCUGCCGCUUCUCCCUACAAGAUGCGUCCCACCCCGGGCUCGCCUCGCUUCAUCGAGAACAAGAACAAGCUUCGUCGCCGUCAAGAGAGCAUCAAGCUCGCCAAAGACAAGUCCGCUCGUGGUCGUCCCCAGUCCUCUGCCGGCGGCCUCACCAACAACUCCAAUGCGUCCACGUCGACGACCUCGCUGUCGUCGCACCCGACGUCGCCCAUCGCUUCAUCGUCAUCAGCCUGUCAGUCCUCCUCUUCCACCACUACCUUCGAGGAUGCGGAGAUGGAGGACUUCGCCGCCGAGGCUCCCAAGAAGCUCGGCGACCUCAACCUUCCUCGCUACCUCGAGCGCCCCGUUCUCAAGCCCGUCAAGCAGAAGAUCUUGGAGCGCAUCGACCCCGACUUCAAGGAUAUGUCCCUCCAGUAUUUCCUUGAUGGUCUUCCUCAAUACACUGAAAGGAUGCUCAAAGUCCUCCAGAGCGUCGACGCCGUCCCCAACCCCGAAGUGAUCGACGACCAGAUUGACAUCAUCGUCGACGCCGACAACGGUGGCCUUCCCUCACACAUGCUCGCCAUCCACGACCCCAGCGAAGUCGGCACUGAAGACCAACCCAAGAAGGUCACCCUGUACCCCGUCCACAACGUCAUCCUCGCCUCUCAAUGCUCCAACCUCCCCGCCCUUCCUCUCUAUCCUAAGAAGGGCAUGAUGUUGUCCAAGACCCAAUGCCACCAACAACUCCCCGUCGUUCACCUCGGUGUACCCCACCCUGAGUCCUUCCCUCUCGUCAAAGACUUCCUCUAUACCCACGACACCUCUGCACUUGUCUCGUACAUGCUCCCCCUCGUCCCCUCUACCACUUCUACGUCCGACGCCGCCAAGACCGCGUUGAACCCCGACACUGAUUUCGAGACGAAGGCAGCUGCAUACCGGGAGUGGAAGACGGACAUGUCUGAUCGUUAUGCGGACGCGAUCGCCAAGCACCUCGAGCCCUCCGUCAUCCUCCAGCACCUCGCUCGCGUGUACUCUCUAUACCGCAACGUCGUCGCCCUCGGCAUCUGCGACGAGCGUAUCUGGGAGUACAUCGACAUGUGCUGGGAGAUCUUGAUCGUCGCCAUUGCGCGCGCGAACGGGAGGGAGAUGGAGGUCGAGUUUGGAUACCAGGACUGAAGGAGGUCGGCGCAUUGAUCAUUGAUCAUCAUGUACUUCUUCUUCUUCUCACUCUUGUAUGCCGGCCUCUCUUCUUUCUCGUCUUCGUCGUCUCUGCUUGCUCGUCUUCGUCUUCGGCAUCGCUGCAUCGUCUCGGUUCGUCAUCUGCACUUCCCAGUCGUGGUUCCACCUUUCCCCACCUUUACCCCAUUCGCACCUGCCAUUCUUCGCAUUGUCUAUGGAUGUUUGCUACGUAUACUCUUUCGCUUUCGUUCAACGUACCAUACCCUAAGCUAUGCUACUCCUCUUCCUUCUUCUUACUCUUUCCCAUUCUAUCCCUCGUGCUACAUCUUCUUCUUCUUCUUCAUCAACACUCUCGUCUCGGGUCUCUCCUAGUCGUGGUAUACCGUUAUUUUUUUUCUCCUCUUUGCCUCUCUUCUAUCUCUUCUUUCUCUUUUCUCUUCUCAAACCCCUCUUACAUCUUCACCUUCUCUCCAACUGUCACGGGUCUGUCGUGCAUUAUCCUUAUUCAAACCUCAUGUAACUCACCCAUCCAUCUGGGUGUGCAAGAACUACUAGUUCUUCUUCUUCAUCUUCAUCUUCAUCUUCAUCUUCAUCUUCAUCUUCAUCUUCAUCUUCAUCUUCAUCUUCAUCUUCUCCUUCUCCUCUCUGCCUUCUUAACCUCCUUCUCCUUUCUCAGUCUUAAUCCGCUUUGCUUUCGUCGGAUGUUUUGUUCUGGAUGUAUUUUCUCCAGUGUAGUCCUAAUGCCUGCUCUUCAAUUUCUCGUACAUACUUACUUGUGUUUGCUCUCUGUUCUUUCUGUUUCUUCGAUGUUCUCGUACAUACAUACUUGCGUUUGCUCUUUGUUCUUUCGAUGUUCUCGUACAUACUUUGCGUCUGCUGUCUCUUACUCUU